CCGGUGGCGACGGAACGUCAUUUCCGUUACCAAUUCUGACUGGUCGCCGAAUCUGACGAAAAAACGGCGCACUGGUCGCUAUGAUUAUGACGUAGUACUGGGAGAGCGGUGUUGGGAUUGGCUCUCCUUUUCCCGCGCACUUUGUGUUGUUGCUGUCAGUCUCCCGGAUCGCGCCGUGUCUCCUUAUGGAUCUUUCCGUGUAUGACUCCGCCAGCCUUCCGGACCUGCUGCCGCUCUACUACCGGAGGCUCUUCCCCUUCUUCCAGUACUUCAGAUGGCUCAACUACGGGGGCGUUGUGAAAAACUACUUUCAGCACCGGGAGUUCAGUUUCACCCUGAAAGAUGACAUAUAUGUACGAUAUCAGUCUUUCAACAACCAGAGUGAGCUGGAGAAGGAAAUGCAGAAGAUGAAUCCAUACAAAAUAGAUAUUGGAGCAGUAUAUUCGCACAGGCCCAGCUUGCACAAUUCAGUAAAAUCGGGCACAUUUCAAGCACAAGAGAAGGAGUUGGUGUUUGAUAUUGAUAUGACAGAUUAUGAUGAUGUUCGGAGAUGCUGCAGUUCCGCAGAUAUAUGCAACAAGUGCUGGACUCUAAUGACCAUCGCCAUGCGAAUACUGGAUAGAGCUCUAGCAGAUGACUUUGGGUUCCAGCAUCGAUUGUGGGUUUAUUCAGGCAGGAGAGGCGUCCAUUGCUGGGUGUGUGAUGAGUCUGCCAGGAAGCUCUCCCAAGCUGAAAGAUCUGCUGUAGCAGAGUAUUUAAGUUUGGUGAAGGGAGGGGUAGAGGCCAUAAAGAAAGUCCAGCUCUCCGAUCCCAUUCACCCAUUUAUAAGGAAAUCCAUCAUGGUGGUGGAGAAAUAUUUUGAACAAUAUGCUUUGGUGGGUCAAGACAUUCUGGAGAAUAAGCAGAACUGGGAAAAGGUGUUGGCACUUGUUCCAGAAGCAGUCCGAGAGGCUUUGCAGAAAGAUUUCCAGAAAGCACGUACUUCAGUUGAGCGAUGGGAGAAGCUAAAGAAAAGUUUAAACUCAAUGGAUCCUAAGCAAAGAUAUGCUUCGAAGGAAGUUAUGUUACAGUACUGCUAUCCUCGAUUGGAUGUAAAUGUCAGCAAAGGUGUUAAUCACUUAUUAAAGAGCCCUUUCAGCGUUCACCCUAAAACAGGAAGAAUUUCUGUACCAAUAGAUUUCAAGAAGCUGGAACAGUUUGAUCCAUUUGCAGUUCCAACAAUAAGCUUCCUAUGCAGUGAGUUGGACAAUGUGAAUGUAAAAGAGGAUCAUGAAAAACCUGAUGAUGAAGACCCAGAAGUUAAACGCAAAACAAGAGAUUAUAAAAGAACAAGUCUUGCUCCAUAUGUGAAGGUGUUUGAACAGUUUCUUGAUAAACUCGAUCAGUCACGAAAAGGUGAACUACUGCUGAAAAGCGAUCUGAAGCGGGAGUUUUAAAGUUUUCUGCCAUUUAUCAGGGGCUUUACAGCAACAUAAUAAUCUUUGUGUAUUGGACUUCUUUUAAUAGGAGAAUGAGGAGUUCAUUAACCCAUAUCAAGUAGAUUAGUUAAUGGUGCAAUAACUCAUUGCUUCGGGUUACUGCAUUUUAGAAGUCUACUUGACUCUCCAAGGAUCUUUCCAAAGAUACAUCUGUACGUUUUUGUAAGUACUCUGAGCCACAUACAGGAGAUGAUUAGUUUUAUUUCUGACACCUUUUUUUUUGCCCCAGAGAUAUGACUGCCAGAGCUGCCCAGAUGCACUCGACUUUCUGAAAGUAUGUAUGCCUGGGCAAUUAAAUUUUGUAGGUGUAAGCGCCUGAAAAAUAUUUUCAAAUGACUGGAUUGUGCCUGCACAUCUUUAGUGUCAACAGCCAAGCAUUGGAGUUUUCUGUCUGAAAUUUUAAAUAUAAAAAAUUGUUUCAUAUCUGAUUGAUCCAUCGCUGCUGAACAACUGUCCAGGAGGAAUACAAUAUACUUUUGAAAUUACUUUUGUACCCUGUAAAAUAAACUUUCUGUCAAGUUGUAUGUUUUAUAAAUAAAUUAUCAUAUAGUUUGGUACAUAUGUGCUAAUUACAUGUA